AUGACCUCGGGCAUGUCAGUCUCAGUUGUCGAACACCCACCGGUGGCGCCUUUCUCGUCUCACAGCGCACGGCCCGUCGUCAUGUCUCGACCUCAGGUGGGCAUCGAGCGACUCCCGGCUCGUCGUCUCACGAACGAACCGCGGGAGUCCAUGAACUGCAAAUCUUGUCGAAAGCGCAAGAAGCGGGGUCCGAAAACAGAUAUUCUGGAGGCUUUAUUGAAGCGCGUUGAUGGCCUUGAGCAAAAGCUCAAGGAAAAGGGAGGCGAUGAAGCAGGAGCCGAGGGCAGUGAAGCCGGCGGCGCCGGAUCUGGAAGUGGCAGCGGCAUUUCACCGAGCUCGGAUGAGUCGCCAGGGGCGGCGGCGACAACAACAGCACUUUCUGGAGAUUCCUCGACAGCCUCACGCUCAAAGGCUGCUGCUGCGGAUGAUCCGGCAACAGAGAAGCCAAGGAAACAGUCGACCACAAAUGGCCCUGAAAUGCCUGCACCGGCAGUCCCAAUGAAACCCGAUACAGAGCUCAGCUCUUUCCAGCAGCAACAACACAAGACACCUCCGGUGCAAGUCGAUACUCUACUUCACACAUACUUUACUCGCUCACAUGCAAAGCCUUUCCACAUUCUCGAUGAAUCGUCAUUUCGCCAACGAUUGCAGCUUGAUAUACACCUCAUCCAAACGGCUACCAAGCAGCAGUCCGUCUUGGCGAAGACUACGCCUUACGCGCCCGCGCGGAAAUUGACGUUGAUGAACCAUCAAUAG